AUGCUGCUAGUCGACUCGCGCACCUGCCUGGCCUGUGAUAUGACAAGCCCACAUUACGUCACCUCUCUCACUUCCCUGAGUCACAUUGGCUUACUCUUCCCGGGUGUCUACAACCGCCAGUUGAAGACCUUAAUGACCUCCCAACUCAUCAGCCAACUGCUGACCAAGGAUACCUUCGCGAAGCCUACCAGAAGGUCCAGAGCCUCGAUCACCCCACCUGAUGCGGGCAAACCCUCCGAUUGGACCAAGGAUGGGAAUUUGACUGUUCUUACUCGAGCUAAGAUCGCGGCAGUCAAACUCAUGACGAACUGGCUUGUCGGCCUGCAAAUCCAAAACAAACAAGUUGCACAAGUCAUAAUCCGCUUGUUGCAUCGUAUCAUCGUUCACGAAGGUGACCUCACCUGCGGUGGAAACAUGAGUUACGGAGAAAUGUCGCGAAUGCGCUUAGUUGCCGCCACAUCUUGGCUUAAGGUAGCCCAUUUCCAAUUUUACGUGGAGGUGAUUGAAGUCGCCUGGUACCAGUCCAUGUCUUACGUCCUUUGUGUAAGUCUCUCUCUCCUGGCUACCUAG